UAUAUACGCUGGGCAUUAACCAUGGUUUGGUUCCCGCCUCUCCUAGUCUCUUUGCCCGGCAGAGAACUAUUACCGUAGGACAACUCUUCUUCACGGCCGAAAAGAAUGCGGACAACCAUUUUCGGAUUUCUUACUGUCGGCGUGGCGCUUGCCACGCCAAUUGCGCCAGGCCAGUCAGCGUCUCGGCCGGUGCCCAGGCCGAUGAACCCUCCACUGUACCGUCCAGUGUCAUCUAAUUUCACAACCUCAUCAGUCCCUUCAAACAAGACAGCCCUUGUGACUGAUGACAUCUCAAGCUGUUCAAAUGUUUGGAUGGCGAUCCCCGACGUUACAAUCGGGAGCGGCACGGAUCGACGUACGGGUUUCACCACAGCCGUCAAUAAGUUCUGUGAUAUGGCCCAUGGAAGCACGGUUUCAAGCCAGGAUUACCUUUCUAUGGCCACUGAGGUAUUCCUAAACGAUGGCAUGGACCCUACAAAGUACGGAUUGUUGGGUUACAUAUACUUCGAAAUCCACAACAAGCUGGGCUCGGCUCAUACAGUUGAUGCUACUUCUUGUAAGAGAUAUCUCGGAACGCUUUCUGCGACAGGGGGCCAGUGCUACGGAACCACCAAUGGUGACACAAAAGGAGGAACAUACCAAGUCGGAACGAAUGGCAUCAGCUAUCAUGCAUUGGGCAACUCGGUGCCACCCAAGCAGGAUGCCCUCAACAAGCUACUCAAGACGACAGUAUUGGAGGCUCAGCGUGUCAACAAAGGGUCAGCUGCUCCGCUUAACCCAUGGCCCUUGGACUCGCUCAACAGUGUUCUUCCAGCUUCAUGCCAUAGCCAUAACGAUUACGACCAAGAUAUUCCCGUCUUUGCGGCCUUGGCUGCUGGUUGUAUUGGCAUGGAGGCUGACGUGUGGUUACUCGCUGGAAGCCUCCUCUUAGGCCACCUUCUUCCAACUCUUGGGCGGACGUUUCAGGCUCAGUAUGUUAACCCCCUCAAGGCGAUAAUUGACCACAACGGAGGAUCAGUGUAUAAAAGCCGGCCAGGCCAGACACUUGUUUUGCUCGUCGACUUUAAAACUAGCGAUGAUGGUACUCUAGACGCUGUCGUAUCAGCGUUGGCGCCUCUUCGUCAAGCAGGAUAUCUAAGUAAGCUGGAAAAUGGUGCUUUCACCAGAAAGGCAAUCACUGUCGUGGCGAGCGGCAAUGCGCCAUUUAAUCGUAUAAAUAUCGGAGACGGAGUGCCUGAGCGUGAUAUCUUCUAUGACGCCAACCUCGGUGCUUUAGGCGGCACGACUUAUACAGCGCAGAACUCUUAUGUUGCCUCUGCAGACUUCCAGGAUGUUAUCGGAAAAGUCAAUUCAGCAACUCUGACUGCUGCUCAAAUGAAUACAAUUACGAGCCAUGUCAGCCAAGCCCAUGCCAAAAGGCUAGUCGCUCGGUACUGGAAUCUGCCUGGCGAGUAUCUAUGGGAGCCGCUAGAGGCACUAGGAGUCGACUUGCUCAAUGCCGAUGAUCUGUCAAAUACGGCUAGAGUUCCACGAUUGUAGUAGGUUUGGGACGAUGAAGACAUGAUAUAAACGAUGUAUAUAAGUUGAUGGCAUUCA